GUCUCGGGUCCGAGGUUUGUUUCAAAGUGUUUGACCCACAGCGAGCGUGACCCUAACAUCCAGUAACCCAUUAACCCUGAGGUUGCGUCCACCUCCGCGUGCCCCUUCGCUGUUGGCACAAGGUGGGAAGGCAAGGUCGCCCGAUUAAAGUAGCACAAUCGGGCAGCACCGCGAAACGCAAUAGGCGAGAGUAGUGGUCGUAGUAAGUUCGGCCGCGGGGUGUGAUGGAAACGAUUAAGAGGGAAAAUAUACAGCUAGGUGAUAAUAGAAAACUGGUGGCCACGAUGGGCGGCCCACUACCACCAUCAGCAAUCGGCGCUACGGCCAGCAGCGGUACGGUGGUCGUCCGGUCGUCACCAACACAGCCAACACCGCCCCAGUCGGUCGCCGAAGCGAGCGUCGUCAAUCCGGUCACGUCACUGUGCGAGGUGGUCGACCAGCGCCAGGCACCGGGCGAGAAAUCAGUUCAUCCGCAGUCGCCGACGUCGCACCGUGCGUGGUUUCGGAAGUCCAACACUUGUGGCAGCCUGUACGUACAGUGUGGCUGCACCGUAGAGCCCGGUGACGGCACGCAACCGAACGACCAGCAACGUCACAGUGAUCCUGCCUGGAGUUCCAGCCCACCCCGUCCGCCAGUGCCGACGCGACCUAUUUCGCUGUCCGAUAAGGACAUUCGAAGGAUUCGCCCCCGGACCGAUAAGCCCCCGUUCAUACACCCGGACAGCCCGACGACGGUGUACAGCGGUGCGGCCGUUCCCCACGAUGCCUCGGUGAGGAAGUCCCACCCCAACCGUGCCCUUGUCCCGACGGCACAAACCGCCAACGGGGACUACGAAAUUCUGCACACGGCAACGGCACAUUCCAAGCGCUACUCGACACCGACCAUCGGCACCGGGUACGCCUUCCAUCCGGAGUUUGUCCUGCAAAAGCUUGGCCCGAUCGGUGACGAGACUGGCGGUGCGGCUCAAAUCCAGUCCCCUUCGCCCCAGUCGGAACCGGUGCGUGGCGGUGCAGCGAAAGUUGUGUUCAAGCAAAGAAGCUGCACAAGCUACCCGGGACUAGCGGAAGGCAGUGAACCGUUUGGGGCGUCCUUUUCGAACGCGUCCAGCGUCGAGGAAGUUGGGUCUGGAGUAGCGCGGCGCCAGGACACUGAAAUCGGUGCUCUGCCUACGCUUGGGUCGUUCGAGGAUCUUGAGCGACGGCAAAGUGUGAGUUCGCCGCCACCGCCACAGCAACAGCAACACCAACCAGCCGUCACCGUGAACGACACUGGUGGUACCCUUGACACGACCGGACAUUGCCGCGGCGUGCUAAUUGAAUCAAACAGCAACAGUGCGGGCAAAGUGAGCAGCGCGUGCGCCAUCCCGGCACGGAAGGGCAGGCAGCUGUUUGUGGACAGUGGCAGCGAUCAACUUAGCGUCUCGCUCGACACUGGGCGCGAGGCACACCGGCGGAGCGAGGCAGCCCACCAUCAGCCCGGUGCCGUUGCGAGCUGCAUCAGCGCAGAGAACAGCCCGCCGAGCCCACCGUCCCUGCUGCUCAGCCCGGUCAUACCGUCAAAGUUCGACUGCUCCGCGAAGGAGUACCUGAUACAGUCCGGCAUACUCGGUCCGAUGGGUAAUGGGUCGUCGCUGCUCAUGCGCAAAACCUCCAAGAUUGUGCCGAACAUUGAUACGCCGGUGAAGGAGCGGAUACGCAAAAAUUCGGUAAAGUUUUGGGGCAAAGUGCUUACCGAAGAUCGGCGAAAAUCGCUCACCGGUCAGUGUGACAGUUUGCAGUCGUACGGCAGCUCAAUGACGAUCAGCGGUACCGAACCGAACAGCCUGGAGGAGGAGCUCGUUGGUCUGCGCAGGCUGCUGAGGGCGCGCGAUGACGAGAUCGACAAGCUGCGGCGUGAGAUCGACAAGCUGAAGAGUGUACUGCAGCAGAAGGCAAUCAACAGUCUCGAGCAAACGAGCAUACCAUCGGGACAGCAGCGGCUAACGCUGACCAGCCCGGCGGGCACACCGUCGCACAAGGGCCAGCAUGUGGCCGAGGGUGAGCUGCUGUCCAGCAUACAGGCCAACUACGCGAUGGCCGGUCAGCCGCUGUCCGAACUGUUCGGCAUAUCCGGCAACAGCUUCAAGCUGCACCAGAUGAAGUCGGUCAAGGGCAUCACGCUGCAGGCGAUGAAGAAGCAGGGCGUGUCGGGCGAAAGCUGCGACCUGAUGGGUAGCCAGUCGAGCGACAUUAAGAUACCAAAGUACAAGAAAGAUUUCAGUGCAAAGCAGCUGAUCAAAGACGCAAUCAUGGAGAACGAUUUCUUUAAAAAUAUCGACUCGCUGCAGAUAAGAGAGAUCGUCGAUUCGAUGUACAGCCGAGAGUUUCGCAAGGGUGAGUACGUCAUCCACGAGGGUGAGGCCGGAUCGCAUCUGUACGUGUCAGCGGCCGGUGAGUUUGAAGUCAUCAAGGAUAGCAAGGUGCUAGGGGUGAUGGGACCGGGCAGGGCAUUCGGUGAGCUCGCCAUACUGUACAACUGCACGCGAACGGCAUCGAUACGAGUGCUAUGUGAUUCCCGCGUCUGGGUGCUGGACCGUCGAGUGUUCCAGCAGAUAAUGAUGCGCACCGGAAUGCAGCGGAUUGAGGAGAACGUGAACUUUUUGAAGUCGGUACCGCUGCUAAAGCACCUCAGCAACGAUGUCCUUACAAAAAUUGCUGACGUUUUGGAGGUGGAAUUCUAUCCGGCUGGAGCAUUCAUCAUACGGCAAGGUGCCGCUGGAGAUACGUUCUUUUUAAUUAGCCAAGGAACGGUAAAAGUAACUCAGCGGCUUCCCGGACGCUCGGUGGAGGAAGAGAUACGCAUCCUCGUCCGUGGAGAGUACUUUGGCGAGCAGGCGCUCAUUAGGGAGGACAAGCGCACGGCCAACAUUAUUGCCAUGUCGCCCGGUGUCGAGUGUCUGACGCUGGAUCGCGAAUCGUUCACCAAGCACAUCGGCGACCUGUGCGAACUGCAGGAGAAAAACUACGGCGACGAGGAGCGAGUGCUUGCGUUCCGCAAUCUCGAGAACACUCACCCAUCGCUCGGAUCGUGUCAACCGGAGCUAAUGGAUGUGAAUCUAUCCGACCUGGAGGUGGUGGGAACGCUCGGUGUCGGUGGGUUCGGUCGGGUCGAGCUGGUAAAGCUCGAGCGGAACGGUGAUACGAAGGUGUACGCGCUGAAGUGCAUGAAGAAGCGGCACAUCGUGGACACGCGACAGCAGGAGCACAUGUACAGCGAGCGGAAGAUUAUGCUGGCCUGCCAGAGCCCGUUCAUCUGCCGGCUGUACCGCACGUACAAGGAUGCGAAGUUCGUGUACAUGCUGCUGGAGGCUUGCAUGGGCGGUGAGGUGUGGACGAUCCUGCGCGAUCGCGUGACGUUCGAGGACUCGACGGCUAAGUUUAUCGUGGCGUGCGUCCUGCAGGCGUUUGACUUUCUGCACGCCCGGGGCAUCGUGUAUCGGGAUUUGAAGCCGGAGAAUCUGCUGCUGGAUGCGCGGGGAUAUGCAAAAUUGGUUGACUUUGGAUUCUCCAAAUUCAUUGGCUAUAGCAGCAAAACGUGGACAUUCUGUGGUACGCCCGAGUACGUGGCGCCGGAAAUAAUUCUCAACAAAGGGCACGACCGAUCCGUCGACUACUGGGCAUUGGGCAUACUGAUACACGAGUUGCUGACUGGCAUCCCACCCUUUACUGCAGCAGAUCCCAUGAAAACGUACAAUAUCAUACUGAAGGGCAUCGACAUGGUAAACUUCCCCAAGCACAUGUCCCGUGCCGCCGUCAGCCUUAUCAAACGACUCUGCCGAGAUGUCCCAUCGGAGCGGUUGGGUUACCAGCGCGGUGGCGUACAGGACAUCAAAAAGCACAAAUGGUUCCAGGGUUUCGACUGGGAUGGUUUGAUCGCGCUCACACUUAAAUCCCCACUGCAGCCGAACCUGCUGGGACCGCUGGACAUGUCCAACUUCGAUAUCUUCCCCAAAGACUUAGACAUUCCGCCGGACGAGCUGUCCGGGUGGGAUGCCGAUUUCUGAGAGCUUCUUGGGCGCUAACGCCACCAUAUCAGCAACCGUUCGGGUAGUAGUGAUACGAAUAAUCUGCAAUAAUACAUGCCUAGCAAUAAGUUGGUUAAACGUUGUUUUUAUAGCGUUAAGAUGCAUUAAAGUAAAAAAAAAAACACACAGAACGCACACAA